AUGAGCAUGGAUGACAACGAACAGCAGCGGCUGUCUGCUCUGGAGACCAGCAUACAGAACAUUGAGGCCGUACUCACCCACCUCAUCUCUCAACAACAACAACCCCCUGCCCCUGCCCCUGCUCCAGCUCCGGCAGCGGGUCCAGGUGUUUCUACUGGCGCCAGCCCUGCGCGCCCCCUUAUCCGUUCAAAUUCUCCCUUCUCCUUCGAUGGGGAUCGCACCCUGGGCAAGAGCUUCUUGCAUUCAGUGAAGCAGUACUGGCGUCUGCUUCCUGAGGCGUUCUUUGUGAAUGGGGCAGUCUCGGAAGAAAAGGUAGUCCGCUUUGCCCUGUCCUACAUGUCCAAGGACUCCGCGGCCUCCUGGUCCGAGCGCAUGUCCGAGCGGACCCCAUUCCCGUUCCCUACCUGGGCUCUCUUCGUCACCAAGUUCAAGCUCCGAUUCGUCGAGGAGAACGAGCAAGACCACGCCCUGGCGCAACUGGAGACCCAUCUGUACUAUAUGGGCUCCCGUGAUGUGUUCAAGUACACGGACGAAUACGACGACCUCCUUGAUCUCGCCGGCUACACCGACAAUCUGGUCAAGGUGACCAAAUAUAGGACGGGCCUGGAUCCGAAGAUCAACCAGGCUAUCACCACCUCUGGCAACCCUCCCAGGCUUACUGACUACGCCGAGUGGCGUGUCCGUGCGUUCCGGCAGUACAAUGCAGAACAAGCUGCCAAGGCGUCUCGAGGCCACGUCCCUCCCCCCCGAGCGCCUCCUAUCGUCCCUUGUCCUCGUGCCCCGGUGCUCCCUGCUGUAGCGCCGGCAAUUGCUGCUCGCCCGGCGCCAGCUCCUGUUGCCCACCCCAUCCCCAUGGAGUUGGAUCAGACCCGGCUCCGCGGUGACGUUUGCCGCACCUGCUUCCGCUGCGGCAGUCCGGGCCAUCUUGCCCCUGGGGAGUGA